AUGUCAUGUGAUAGGGCGCCAACCCUAGCAAGCGCUCCGAAACGGGAAACGUCGCACUUUUCUCGAGAGCGCCAGGAACUCGCGACAAUGCUUAUCCCCAAGGACGACCGCAAGAAGAUCCACGAGUACCUCUUCCGUGAGGGUGUGCUCGUGGCCAAGAAGGACUUCAACCUUCCCAAGCACGGCGACAUUGACACCAAGAACCUCUACGUGAUCAAGGCCUGCCAGUCGCUCAACUCCCGCGGCUACGUCAAGACCCAGUUCUCGUGGCAGUACUACUACUACACCCUCACCCCCGAGGGUCUUGACUACCUCCGUGAAUGGCUGCACCUCCCCGCUGAGGUCGUCCCUGCCACUCACAUCAAGCAGCAGCGCUCUCACGCUCCCCCCCGCGGCAUGCUCGGUGGUGAGGAGCGCGAGCGCCGUCCCCGCGUUCCCCGUGAGGGUGGCUACCGCCGCCGCGAGGAAGGUGGCAAGGAGGGUGGUGCCCCCGGCGAGUUCAACCCCAGCUUCCGUGGUGGUUUCGGCCGUGGCCGUGGUGCUCCCGCUUCUUAAGAAGGUGUUGUCCGCUACUCGGUCUCCUUCAUGGGAUUAAUGGUGGAUGGUGCAGAUGCGGUUUAAGUAGGCUUUGAGAGAGGUUCGAAACGAACUGCAUUGUUGUACAUCUACUAUUUUCUUAAUUAAAAAAAAGGGAAC